UGGCGGCCAUGGAGUCGCCUCACGGCUGCCGAUUUUUUGUGUGCGUGCGGUGCAGGGGGAGGCGGCGGGUGCUGGGACAUGAUGAUGGAGGACACGCGCAUGUCGCAGGGCGAGCUCGCCUCCAUCGACGCGCCGAGCUUCGACGGCACGGACUUUGAAUCAUGGCAGAUCAUGAUGAGAGGCCACCUGGUUGGCUCUCACCCUCUUGUGUGGAGCAUUGUGGAAACCGGCUUCUCUUGUGCGGACGAGGCAAAUCCAACUGACCUCGAACUGAGGAAAACGUACUACAAUGCCCAAGCCAUGAACGCCAUACACUGUGCCCUCAGCGAUGAUCAGCUCUACCGGAUCUGGCACCUUGAUACUGCUAAGGAGGUAUGGGACGCUCUCCAGGUUAUCCAUGAAGACACCCCGACCGUCCGUCGGUUAAAGAUCAAACAGCUGAGGGAGAAGAUGAAGUUGUUUGCGUGGAGGAAGGGCGAGUCUGCCGAUCAAAUGCAUACACGGCUCUGGAAUUUGGCCAUUGACCUGAAUCGCCUUGGUUGCAAAGAGGUGGACGAUUCUUAUGUCGUGUGGACGAUGCUUCGUGCCAUGACGCCUAGGAAGCCAGCCUUUGUGGACGGCAUUCGCCAGGAGCCUGGCUUUGAAGAACUCACCCCUCUGGAUGUGCUCCACAACUUCCAAGUCUACGACUGCAGACAAGAGCUAUCCAGAAUAAUCAUGCGCGGGUACGCGAAGGCGAAGGCGAAGGCGGACACUGUCACACCGAGCGAGCCCGACGACGAUGCAGAUUGCUCCGGAGAAGCGCCUCGCUUCGAUGGCACGCACUAUCUAUCAUGGCAGCGUAGGAUGAAAUUCCAUCUGCUUAGCAUUGACCCCCUAGUGUGGAGAAUUGUGGAAACUGGCUUCUCCUGUGUAGAUGAAGCAAAUCCAACGGCUCUUGAAAAGAGGAAUUGGCAGCUCGACUAUCGAGCUAGACAUGCCUUACAGUAUGCCAUAGGUGAUGAUCAAUACAUUCGGAUUUGCCGGUAUCAAUAUAAGAGUGCUAAGGAGAUUUGGGAUGCUCUCCAAAAAUUUAAUGAAGCAGUUGGUAAGUCAAAGCUCAGUUCACUGAGGAUUGAUAUGAACUUCUUCGUCUUAGGGGAAGACGAGUCCCCGAGUGACAUGUAUACAAGGCUCAACAAUUUGGCCAAUGAAAUGAAGGGUCUCGGGUGCAAAGAGAUGACUGAUUCCUAUCUUGUGGAGAAGAUGCUUUUUGCCAUGACACCAAGGAACCCAACCAUGGUUUUCCUCAUCCAUCAGAAGCAUAACUUUGAAUUACUCACCCCUCAGGAGGUGCUUGCAACCUUCCUCCUCUACGGCGGGGAGCAAAAAGAACCCAAAGUCACGAGGGGGCAUGCAUUGCCACGCUCAAGCAAAAAGGUCAACACUACCUUGAAGGCCAAGCAAGUCCAAGUGGAGGAAUCUAGCGAUGAUGAAAACGACCAUGAUCAAGACCAAGAGCAAAUUCAACAAGGAAUGCAAGAAUUGGCUCUCUUCAUGAAGAAAUAUAAAGGGUUUCUUAGAAAGAAAGGCUGUGAAACAAGAAGUAAUUUCUCUGACAAGUUCAAGAUGAGGAAAUCAAAGAGAUAUUGCUAUCAAUGUGGUGAUUCCAAUCAUUUCAUUGCUGAUUGCCCGAAGAAAGAGGACAAGAAAGAAGAGGAGAAGAGCAACUACAAGAGGGAACCAUUCAACAACAAGGGCAAGCCAUACAAGCCGGAGGGGCAGAAAGGAAAAAACCUGGAGUUCACCAGGCUGGCUGAAGUUGUGAGGCUGGGAGGCUGAUGGUGCUGCUACUGGCUGAUUCUUCUUCUUUCAGUUUUUGUUCGUCAUUUAUCAAGCCGUUGGACCAGGGCUACUUCCCUAUGUGUUGUUAAUGUAUUAAGUAGUUCCUUCGAAUUUGUAGUAUUAGUUAGUUUGAAUGUGGAAGUACCUUAAAUUUUGGAACGAAAUGUUGCUAUGUAGGACCAAGGGUUUCAUACCUUAAUCUUUGGAUAAUUAAUUAUGUGAACUGUUAGA